GCGGCUUCACACUUUCUUAGUUAGAUAUCAACGGGUUUUCGGACGGGAUAUAGUUCAAGAUUAUUUUAAGAGUUUGGCCUCUACUGUUUUCCGGGAGGGAUAGGUGGAGAUGGCGGCCGUUCUGCUCCAGGCUUUGGAGCGAACGGAGUUGAACAAGCUCCCGAAAGGCAUCCAGAAUAAGCUGGAGAAGUUUGUUUCGGAGCUGCAAAAUGCUAACGAGGCGCUCAAGACGCAGCAUGAGCGGUUCAAAGCAGAUAGCGAACAGCAGUACUUUGACAUUGAGAAAAGACUGGCGGAGAGUCAGGAACCGAUCCUGUCUGCCACCAGAGACCUGCAGGCCCUCAAGGAGGAAAAUAAAAAACUCAUUGAAGAGCUGAACACUCUGAAGGGAAUAGAGGGAGAGACCAUUGAAGAUAAACCACAGCAACAGCAGCAAACCAAGACCAAGUAUGAGAUUGAAGCAGAGAAGAGGGAGCUGGCGAGGCUGCUGGAGAAGAGAACGCAGGAGGUGGAGAAUCUUACUGACGAUGUGAAGCGUCUGAAUGAGAAGCUGACAGACACCAACAAAGUCAAGAUGGAGCUGCAGUUAAAACUGGAUGAAAUUCAGUCGUCUGCAGCUUCUGUUCAGUACCGGGAGAAGCGCAUGGAGCAGGAGAAGGAGCUGCUGGACAACAAGAUCGAGUGGUUGACUGCAGAACUGAAGACCAAAACUGAAGAACUACUGAGCACCAGCAGAGAGAAGGGCAAAGAGAUAGUAGAGCUGAAGGGCAGUCUGAAGAGCAGCAAGGAGCAGGUAACCAGACUGGAAAGUCAGCUCAGCUCUCUGAAGCAAACCAGUGAAAGCCAGAAUAAAAGAGCGGAAGACCUCAACAACAAACUGAAGCAGGCAAAAGAUGAGCGAAGUGCCAUGGAAGAGAAAUACCGCAACGAACUCAACGCUCAUGUCAAGCUCUCGUCACUCUACAAGGGGGCAGCAACAGACAUGGAGACCAAGAACCAGGAACUGAGCAGAGCAGUGGAGGAGCUCAGCAAGGCGGUGAAAGAGUCUGGAGAAGCCAAUAAGACUCUUGAGAAGAAGGUGUCAGAGGGUGAAGAGCUAAAGACGCGACUGGAGGCUGAGCUGAGAGAGAAGAUCAAGAAAAUGGAUAAGGAGCUGGAAAAUGCUACCAUGAAGGCUUCAGGCAAACACUGCUGUGCACCUUCUCUGACUGAGGAACAACUGGAAACCAUGUGUCCGUCAGCAGCUGCCAUCGCUGCCAUUGUUAAGCCUGGCAUGAAGUUCUUUGAUCUGUACAAUGCGUAUGCCGAGUGUCAGACACAGCUUCAGCUUGAAAAGCAGGAGACCAGGAGAGUUAGUCGAGUUCUGGAUGAGAUCGUCCAGGAGGUGGAGUCCAAAGCUCCUGUCCUCAAACGCCAGAGAGAAGAGUACGAGAGCAUGCAGAGGUCCAUGUCCUCCCUGUGCAACAAACUGGAACAGGCUCGAACGGAAAUCUACAAUUUGCAGAAAGAGAAAGAAGAGGCCAAUCAGCGCUGUGAUGCCCAGGAGAGAGAAAAACUGAGGACUGAGAGACUGCUAGAGGAUACAUCUGCACAGGUGUGUGCUCUUCUGGCUGAGCUGGAGGAAGCCAGAGGUAAUAGAGUGACCAAGGACGACGGCAGCUCCGCCGACAUUUCCAGCACCUCUGAGGUCACCAGCCGUCACCAGCUGUCCUUCCGCAGCGUGGAGGAGCUCCAGAGGCAGAACCAGACCCUGCUGGGAAGGUUGAGGGAGCUGGAGGAGGAAAAGGACAAACAGCAGAGCCAAGUAACAUCAGCACGCAUAACAGAGUUGGAGUCCACCGUUGGUAAACUUCAGAAGGAGCUGGAGCAGUUUAAAGAGCAGAGGAACCAGCAGAAACAGCUGGCAGACUCCAAUGCCAGGCAGAGAGACAUGUACAAGGCGCUGCUGACGCAGAGCACCGGCUUCAGCCUGCCUCCUCAAGGUCCAGAUUCUUCUUCCAGCCCUGCUCACGUUCGGCCUUCAGUUCCAGCUACUCGCUCUACUCCUCAGAGAGCAGCUGCUGCAGAGUCUGCACAGACAGCUCAGACAAAAGCUGCUUUAAAACAGAUCAACGAUGCCUUCACUCUGUAUAAGAAGGAGAAGGCAGAGAACGACAGGAUGCUGAAUGAAACAAACGACCGGCUACAGAAGCAGCUGACCGAACUCCGCUCCAGCCAGGCCAAGCUCACCUCCCAGCUGGACUUCAGCAACAAGAGGUAUGAGAUGCUCCAGGAGACUGUAUCAGCCUACCGCAGAGAGAUCGCUGCCCUCCAGGAGAGGAACCAAAAAAUGGCUGCAACAGCUCAACGACACGAGCACAUCAUCCACACAAUGAGCCAGGACCUGAGGCAGUCCAGUGAGAAACUGGCGCUGGAAGAGGUGCGUGUGGAAAACCUGACUAAAGAGAGAGACAUGUUGAGACAAGCAGAGAGUCGCCUCAGUCGGGAGAAAGAAGCCAUGAUGGCUGAGCAACGUAACCAGAACCUGCUGCUCACCAACCUCAAGACGAUGCAGUUGACUAUGGAGCGUACAGAGACGGGCACUCGUCAACGACUGAACAACAAAAUAGAGAAACUGGAGGCAGAACUGGCCUCAAUGAAGACCAGACUGGACCAAGAAAUUGCACAGAGACAUACGCUUGGGCGCACUAUGGAUGCUCAGUUGUUAGAAGCUAAGAAGCAGCUGGAGACCCAGAACACUCUGCAGCAGAAGACCAGGGAGCUGCUGCGUAGCUCUGAACAGCAGGUGGCUACACUGAAAACUCAGCUGGCUUCUGCUUCCUCCUCUGAAGCUGUUACCACCUCCAGCACCACGACCACCCCAGUGACCAGAGCUGCAGGCAUGAGAGCACCACUGAGAGUACACUCUCCAGUACCAGCAAACACCCAGCAGCCCAACCAAUUAGAGCAGGAGCUGUCAGAGGUGAAAGGUCUCCUGCGUAGUGCUGAGGAACAGAACAGUGAACUAGCAGAGCAGCUGAAGAAUGCUAGUGCUAAUGUAGAGCAGUACAGGGCUGUGGUGCUGACUCUGGAAGACAGUCUGAAGAAAGAAAAGGAGAUGCGUUCCCCUCUGGAAGUCCGGUUGAAAGAGUCGGCGGAGAUGCAGAAGCAGCUAGAAAAGAGAAUUUUAGACGUGGAGAAAAUGAAACAACAGGAGCAAGAGGAGAGGAGGAAGGCUGUGGACGCGGUGGAGAAACAGGUGUCUGAGCUGCAGCGCAGUCUGAAGGCCAGUCAGGCCGAGCAGCAGGAGGCGCUAGAGAGGGCUGCUGCCGCUGUCACACUGGAGCAGAAGGCCAUACAGGACAGCCUGCUGCAGACCAAACUAGCUGGAGAGGCACAGGCGAAGUAUGAGCGAGAGCUAAUGCUUCAUGCUGCCGAUGUGGAGGCUCUGCAGGAGCUCAAAAAAAGAUCCCAACAAGAAGCAACACAGAAGAGAGAGUUGGAGGAGGAUCUGAAAAAAACCUCCUCCCUCCUGCAAGAAAAAACUGCAGCCUGGAACACCGUGGAGAAACAGCUGAAGGAGAAUCUGUCCAAUCAGACCCGUCGCUCUGAGGAGCUGGGAAAGCAGAAUGGUCUUCUUCACAAACAGAUGGAUGACAUGGCUGCUAAGAGUCGCCAGCUGCAACCGCAGCAGCAGCUUGACCUGUCAUUCAGCGAGGAAGGAAAGACCACCGAACAGAUACUAGAAAUACUUAGGUUUGUGCGGCAGGAGAAGGAGAUCGCUGUGGCUCGAUGUGAUGCGUCUGACGGAGAAGCUCUUCGCUACAAACAGCGAGUUGAACACCAAGACAGAGAACUGAAGGAGCUACAGGAAUGUCUGAAUGCUGAGAGGGAGAAGAUGCAGACCUCAGCAAAGACUCUAGCCCAGCAGGAAGAACAGCUAAAGAAGAUGGAGAGCAUCAGUGCUCUCCAAGAAACCAACAGGAUGCUGAAAGUGGACAGAAACAAACUGGAGCAGGAGCUGCAGCAAGCUCAGGCUAAAGUAACAAAGCUGCAGUCAGACAUCAGCCCACUGCAUCACUCGCUGUCUGUGCUGUCAGAGCAAAAUGGCGCCCUGCAGGCUGAUAGGAGGCUUCUGGAGGAAGAUGUCAAACGGUUGAAGGCCAAAGUACAGCAACUGGUUAGCCAACACAAAGACGGUGAUAUUGAGGAGAAACAGAAACUCACCACUGAGAGAGAAGCUCAGCAGCGACGCAUCACGCAGCUAGUCGAAGAGACAGCCAAGCUGAAGACUGAACUGGCCAGGUCCAAUGCCAGCAGUAAUUCAGCUCAGUCUCAGCUGCAAACCCUCAGAGACAACGUGGCCCGUCUGACGUCAGAGAGAGACACUCUGAAAAAAGACCUGGAAACAAAAACCAACGACAUUGUGGAGAAGAACAAGACCAUCGCCCAGGUGAAGAAGAUCGGACGACGGUACAAGACCCAGUAUGAGGAGCUUAAAGUCCAGCAUGACAAGCUGGUUGAAGAAACAGCUGCUAAAACAAGAAGUGAGGCGGCUCCGAGUCAGGAGGUGCAGCAGGAGCUGAACAAAGCCCAGGAGGAGCUCAACAAGACCCUGGAGGAGCUGAAGAAACUGAAAGUGGAGAUGCAGAAAAAACAGGAGGAGACUCAGAAGUCUCAGCAAGAGUUGGAGGCAGCCCAGAAAGAAAACCAGCAGACCAAGGAAAAGUUACAGGAAGUGCAAAACCAGCUGACGCAGAACCAGACCCAGCUGACACAGGUCCAGUCCCAGUUGUCCCAAACUCAGACUCAACUACAGCAGAAUCAGAACCAGCUGACCCAGAGUCAGAAAGAGCUGCAACAAGCCAAGAGCCACACCCAGCAGGUACAGAACCAGUUCAAAUCAGCUCAGUCUCAAACUCUGGCUCGUCAGAACCAGAUUCAGCAGCUUCAGAGGGAGCUGCAGCAGGCUAAAGACGCCCUGCAGCAGAACCUCACUAGUCAGAAAGAGCUGCAGCAGACGCACCAAACCAGCCAACAGAGCCACGUCCAGGAAGUCAACAACCUCAAGACUUCUCUGAGCCAAGCAGAGAGUAAGGUGACUGAGCUUCAAGGUCAGCUGGACAACCUGCAGAAGACGGUCGUUGAACGUGAAGCAGACAUCAAGCGCCUGCAGGAGCAGCUAACUGAAGCGAGCCAGGCUAAUGAAGCUAGCCGAGCCACGCAGGCCAGCCAGAACCAGAGUUCCCAGUCUGUCCAGGCCAGUGACGCUAAUGCUGCUGGUGACUCUAACCAGGCACAGCAAGAGGAGCUGGCAAAACUCAGGCAGGAGCUGUCUGAGAGCAAGAGCAAAGAGGAGCAGCUCAAACAGCAACUGACUGACAAAGAGGAGAAGACGAAAAAGGUCUUUAUAGGAGCCAAGACCAAAAUCAGCCAACUUAACAGUGCUAAAGAGCAGCUCAAUAAGGAGAAUGAGGAACUGAAGCAGAGUAAGGAGGAGAUGGAGGUGAGAAUGAACGCCCUCAAGUCUCAGUAUGAAAAACGACUUCUUCGGCUGGACAGAGAGCUGAAAGAACUGAGGGAGACACAAACUCACUCUGACUCCAGAGAGGAACCACAGGACCAGAGUGGAGCAAAGGUGGGUGAUCAGGCGAGAUCUGCAGACCAGAGACAGAUUUCUUUGAAGAGUCCUGCUCAAGACAGAGGAAGCUCCAGCCUCUCUGAGCCUCCUACCGCCAACAUCCGGCCUACUCCAAGUACUCCAUCUCCUAGCAACAAGCCAAGCCCCUCCCCUGGUAGCAAGGCCACGCCUCGCGCCAGCAUCCGGCCUAUGGUUACCCCGGCAACUGUCCCCAUCCCAACACCUACGGCCACUGUGAUGCCGACUACACAAACUGAUAGCCAAGAGGUGCUGAUGAGCGCAGGAGCUUCUGUACACUCAACCAGCUCCAAUCUGGUGAGCACACCGUCCUCCAUGACUCAGCCAACCAGCACGCAGACCACAGCUUUUGUCCAGCCCACCCAGCAACAGGCUGCCAGUCAGGAUGCAGGGUCCAGCAUGGAGGCAGAGCGACCGUCUACGUCCUCCUCUCUGAUGGGAGCAGCAGGUUCAAAGAGAAGCAGAGAGGAAGAGGAGGAGGAUGAGGAGAGCAGACCAGAGAGUUCCCACACACCCCCGACCACAAAAAAACUACGGCUUAAACCAACUAUAGAACUGCAGAUGGAAGGUGAUGAGGAGAUCGACGGAGACGAAGGACAACAACAGGAUUCACCAGAUGACAGUCAGGAGCUCCCAGAAGAGGGUUUUCCUGCCUUAACUGAAGACAGCGAGGACAUCGAGGACGAGGGCGUGUCCCAGUCAGUGCCCUCCGAUCAGAUGUCCUCUCAGGGCUCCGCUAUAGUUCGGGACGUGAUCGUGAUCGACACAGACAGCGAGAGCCGUGAGAGCAAAGAAGGGGAGGAGAGGCAGGAGGGCCAAGAGGAGGAGGAAGAAGAGGAGGAGGAGGAAGAGGAAGAGGAUGAAGAGGAAGAAGAAGAGGAGGAGGAGUACAAGGAAGAAGAGGAGGAUGAUGAAGACGAUGACGAUGCUGCCGACAGCGGGAUGCGGGGAGGCGAUGAGAGCAACGAGGAGAGCAGAGAAGCUGAGGAGGACGGAGAAGACGAGGAGCCGUCAGAAGGCAACAACGCUGAGGAGAACGUUUGCGGAGCGUCUUCAGGCUCCCAGCGUCUCUCUGAGCCGACACACAGCGGUGAAAGCAGCAGUGGUGUCACGUCAGAGUCCGACCCCCCCAGAGUCCCUUUACACCUCCCCCCAGCCUCUUCCUCUUCUUCUGGACCCUCCCCUUCCUCGUCCACCCUCACUCGUCGGCCCCCACCUGUCCUCCCACCGCGGCUCUACAUCCAACCUCCAGCUCCUGAGCUCGGACCGCCACACACACAGAGACAGUCUCAGCUGCGGAGACCAUCAGCGGGCCGCGGACCACAGUUAACCCCUGGAAUCAGUGGUGGGCAGCAUCCGUUCUUUGAUGACGAUGACAGAAUGGUUCCCAGUACUCCCACUCUGGUCGUCCCACACCGCACCGAUGGCUUCGCUGAGGCUAUACACUCUCCUCAGGUAGCAGGUUUGUCUACCAGGUUCAGGUUCGGACCUCCAGAAGACCUGCUGCCUCAGACGUCAGCCUCACACUCUGACCUGGGACAACUGGCCUCUCAAGGAGGUCUGGGUAUGUACGAGUCUCCUCUGUUCCUUGCUGCUCACGAUGAAGACGGAGGAGGAAGGAGUGUCCCCACCACACCUUUACAAGUGGCAGCACCAGUGACAGUCUUCACCGAGUCCCUGCCCUCAGACAGCACUGACAACAUGGCCUCCCAGUCAGUUCCCAUGGUAACUGCCUCCACUGGGAUGGCUGCAGCAGCAGACGAUGGAGACGAGGUCUUCAUGGAGCAGGAGGGAGAAGGCCCUGGUAUUGAAUCUUCUCUGGAGAGUCAGACAGACAUGGAAUCAGCUGGACAGCAGAGUGAUGAUGCAUCACUGCCGUCUACCAGCCAAGACCCCGACACGAGCACCAUUACUCUGCGUCGCACUUUGCCCAGUCAGCCUCUGAUGUCGAGUCAGGGAACCAGAGGAGGAAGAGGGGAAACCAGGACAUUUAGACCAACUCUGUCUCGAGGAGAAAGAGGAGGAGCCAUGGGCAGAGGAGGCAUCGCCUGACGGAGAUGUCACCGUUAGGACAUUAAGAAUCAAUGCUUAGAUUUCAAAUUCAGUGCAUCAGUAAAUCAAACAAAAAUCAAUAAUCACACUAUUACAGGUUAAAUCUGACAGCUUUGUAUGUGAGCGCUUCUGAGAUAUGAAAGGUCACACUGUUUUAGUUUUGUAAUUUUUGUUUUGUUCUAAUGCGAGGAGUUCAGGUUUUGUAAUUUUUAGUUUUGUUCUGUCAGCUGUUAAUACACAUGUUUUAAUAAUAAAGUGGAAUAUUGAGUAGCA